ACAAAAUGUGAUUGUAUUAUUUGUGUAUUUAACGAUGUGUAUGUUUACUUUGAAUGGAUAAAGAAAAAAGCAUAUCUUUUCAAUGUUUAUGUUUAUCCUUAUAUUAGAAGAAGAAGAAGAAGAAGAUUCAAAUGUAUUAAAGUUGAUAGAUAGUGAGAAUGUAAUUACACUAUCACCAUUCUAAUAUGAAUGAUAAAGUAAUAAAAUAGUAUAAAUGAAAAUAUUAAACUAUAAAUAUGGAUCUAAUUAAAUCUGUAAUGAUUAUUAUAAUAAUGAAAAUAUAAGCCGAAUGCAAUCAUCAUUGGAUAAUCAAAAUCAAAUCAAAAUGAUUUAUAGAAAUCUUGGCAGCACUGGACUUCGGGUAUCUGUACUUAGUUUAGGUACAGACGUGACUUUCGGUAAUCAAAUACCGGAUGAAAUAGCUGAGAAGAUAGUUACAGUAGCUUACACUAAUGGAAUUAAUGUUUUUGAGACUGGAGAAGCUUAUUCAAAUGGAGAGGCCGAAAGAACAUUGGGUAGAAUAUUGAGUACUAAAAAUUGGCGAAGAUCCAGUUAUAUAGUAUGCUGUAGAUUGUCAAAAAGUGGAGAUGCUGAAACUGAACAAGGUCUUUCAAGAAAGCAUCUUUUUGAAGGUCUUCGAUCUUCCUUAGAAAGACUUCAACUAGAAUAUGUAGAUAUUGUGAUUGUUACGCAUCAAAACAAAUCAUCAAUUCCAGUUGAAGAAGUUGUAAGAACUUGCACACAUCUUAUUCAUCUUGGUUGGACAUUUUAUUGGGGUACAUCUGGAUGGUUACCUUGUGAAGUUAUGCAAGCUCAAACAGUUGCCAGACAAUUCAAUUUAAUUCCACCAUCUGUAGAUCAAAAUGAAUUGAAUUUAUUGAAUAAAAAUUAUUUGCAGAAUAUGCGUGAAAUUUGUUUAAAACUAAAUAUCGGUAUUAUGACAGGAUCACCAUUAAGUGGUGGCAUUUUAACCGGAAAAUACAUUGACUGUAUACCGAAUUUUUCACGAGCUACACUAAAAAAUCAAGAAGAUAUACGUGAUAAACUUCUUUGUUCAAAAGGUAUCAGUCAAAGGGAACAAGUUAAACAACUAUGUAAGAUAGCAGGUAGAAUGAAAUGUACUUGUGCACAAUUAGCUAUUGCCUGGUGUCUUCGCUGUUCACAUAUUAGCAGUGUUAUUAUCGGAGCAGCAACGGUUGACCAGUUACAUGAAAACAUAAGAUCAGUAUUGAUUUAUCCACAUUUAAAUGCAAGUAUCAUAUCGGAAUUAGAUACACUAUUGAAUACAACUGAUUCAAAUGAUAAUUUCCUUUAAAACAAAAAUAUCAUAAACUGAAUUAAUAAAUAUUAUAAUUAACAAUUAAAACAAGAGGAAAUAAUAAUAUUUUACUCAAUUUUAAAAAAAAACAAAUAAAAAACAAUCACGGUUGGCAACUAAAGGGGGAGGAGGAGGAGAAGAAAUAGAAAAAUGGAUGAACAAUUGUCAGAUAUUUUUACAUGAUUAAUAAAUUCAAUCAAACAACUUUGAAUAAAACCCUCUUACUAUAAUGAGUAACGGUGAUAAAUAUAAAUUGAGAUAAUCAUUUUAAAGGUUUAUAUAAGUUUUAGUAGAACGAUUUGUUUUAUUUAUGUUUAUUUAAAAUGUUAUGAUGUUUUAGAUGAGUAACGGUGAUAUUUACAUUUUAAAACAAACUACCUUAUAGUAUGUUUAGUUUUUAAAAACAAACUUAGUUAUAAAAUAAAAGAAUAGAGAAAAAUACGUGUCUGAA